AUGUUUGGGGGUGGGUUUGGUGGUUGUGUGGUGGUGGAUGGGUGGUUUUGGGUGGGGGGUGUGGUUUGUUGUGUGGGUGUUUUGGUGGUUGUUUUUUUUGGUGUUGGGUGGGGUUGUGUGUUGGUGAUGGUUUUUUUUUUUUGGGGUGGUUUGUUUUGUUGGUGUGUUGUUGGGGUUUUGGUUUGUGUGGGUUGGGGGGUGGUUGUUGGUGUUUGUGUGGUGGGGUUUGGUGUUGGUGGGGGGUGGUUUGUUGUGGUGGUUUUGUUGGGGUUUUGGGGUGUUUUUUGUUUUUUGUUGUGUGUUGGUUUUGUUGUUGUUUUUGGGGGGUUGGGUGUGGUUUGUUUGGUUUUUUUUUUGUGGGGGGUUGUGGUGGUUUUUGUUUGGUGGGGGGUUGUAUGGUGUGGGUGUGUGUGGUGGUUUGGUGUUUGUGUUGGGGUGUGGUGUUGUGGGGUGUUUUGGGUGUGUUGUGUUUAUGUUUUGGGGGUUUUGGUUGUUGUUGGGUGGUGUAGGUUGGUGUGGUAUUGGUGUUUUGGGGUUUGGUUAUGGUUUUGGGUUGUUGUUUUGGGGGGGGUGUUUAUUGUUGGGUUUGAGGGUUUGGGGGGUUGUGGGGUUUUUUUGGGUGGUUGUGUGGGGGGGGAGAAUUUUUGUGUGGGGUUUGAGGGAAGGGGGUGGGUGAAAAUAGAUGAGAGAAUUGGGAGGAGGGGUUUGAGGGGGGGAGUUGUGUGUGGUUGGGGUGGGGGUUGGGUGUUUUUAAGGUGGGGUGGGUUUGUUUGGGGGGGGGGGUUUGUAGUUUUGGUGGUGGUUUGUUGGGUGUUGGGUUGGUAUGUGAUAGGGGUGUGGGGGGUGGUGUUUUGGUGGGGGUUGGGGUGGUGUGUGGUUGUGGGUUGGUUGGGGGGGGGUGGGGGGGGUGUGGGGGGGUGGGGUGUGGGUUUGGAGAGUGUGAAGCUAGAGCGAGAGUGCGAGAGAGUAUUGGAGGAUGUGAUGAAAGUGUGUUUAGGGGGGUUGUUGGUUUAG